AUGGUCCGGUUGCCGUUACCCCAGCGGCUCAGCUCGCAUUUGACCGCGAGGAGCGCAAGCUCGACUCCGGGCCAGAGCAGAAGUACUAGUCCAAUGCGCUCGGUGGACACGAAACCUCUGUUGAUCAAAGUCACCGUGAUCAAGGGUCGAAACCUUGCGGCGAAAGAUCGUGGUGGCACAAGCGAUCCGUACUUGGUAGUAACAUUGGGCGACGCGAGGCAAUCAACCCCCACGAUAUCGAAGACAUUGAACCCGGAAUGGAACGUCUCCUUCGAAAUGCCCGUCAUGGGUGUCCCUCUACUGGAAUUUAUCUGUUGGGACCACGAUCGCUUCGGCAAGGAUUACAUGGGUGAAUUCGACAUUGCACUGGAGGACAUCUUCGCGGACGGUCAGGUCAACCAGGAGCCCACAUGGUACACACUCAAGUCCAAACGGGUAUCCAACCGGCCCAGCCGCAAAAAGAAGAAGAAGGAGAAGAAGGAUAGCAAUGUCUCCGGCGAGAUUCUGCUCCAGUUCUCGCUGUCAGACUCGGCGAAUCCGUCUGCAUCACCUGCGGAGACGUAUCGGAAAUUCAAGACUCUAGUCUGUGCAGGUGAGGAGGAUGACCAGUCGCCUGACGACCAACUCCCACAACUUGAUCUCGACGAGCUUGACCAGGAGACUUCUGAUGAGACGGAUGAUCCAUCGAAACCUGAAGUUGUUGAGAAGCGUCGCCGCCGGCUUCGUUUGGCUCGCCUGAGGCGCAAGUCCCUAGCUGCCCGCGCAUAUCAAUUCUCGGGCUCAGGGACUGGGGUUCAAGGUAUUGUGUUUAUGGAAAUUGUGCGGGUCAGAGACCUGCCUCCUGAACGCAAUGUGACUCGCACAUCGUUCGACAUGGACCCCUUCGUCGUGACUUCGCUAGGACGAAAGACGCUCCGGACACCCGUCAUCAGACACAACCUAAACCCGGUGUACCAUGAAAAGAUGGUCUUCCAGGUGAUGAAACACGAGCAGACCUACACCAUCAGCUUCACCGUGAUGGACCGCGACAAGUUCUCGGGCAAUGACUUUGUCGCAUCCGCCAGCUUCCCUCUACAGAAACUCAUCCAGUCAGCCCCGGAGGCAGACCCGGAGUCGGGUUUAACUGGAUCCCCCAGUCCGACCAAGUCCAGUCCCCGCUUUGCUGUCAGCCCGUCGCCCUCAUCCCAAAGCCUCUCCAAGAUGGGCAGACCUCCACUCAAGUCUCGCAACUCUGGCAACUCGGUGUCGUCUCUGUCAAUACUGGACACGGCCAGCCGACCCGCGCCUACGUCUGUCCCUGAAGAGAGUGGCCCUGAAAUGGAUAGCAGUAGCUCUACUCUACAGGUCCCAGGGUCCGGGACGACGAGCUCGAGUACAACCGAGAGCAGUGAUUCAAUCCCUCCUCCAGAUGAAGAGGGCUUGCGAGAAUACAAAAUCCCCUUGGUUCUAAAAAACCGAGACCGGUGGGAAGACAAGCACUCGCCCGAGUUGUUUGUCAAAGCCAAGUAUCUGCCGUACAGCGCGUUGCGCCAGCAAUUCUGGAGACUGAUGCUGAAGCAAUACGACGCGGACGACAGCGGCCGCAUCGACAAGGUCGAGAUGACCACGAUGCUCGACACUCUUGGAUCCACCCUCAAGGAAUCAACAAUCGAUAGCUUCUUCAAACGGUUCGGCAACGAAACCGAACCCGAAAUGGCCGAUUUGACCUUUGACCAAUGCGUGAUUUGCUUGGAAGACACCCUUCGGUACCUUCAGAAAAAGAACUCGGUGCCCGGUGUGCCCGCAAUUCCCAUCCCACGGAGGCCAGGUCUCGGACCAUCGCCAGCCGGAAGCCAAGAAAGUGAGGAGCCAUCCAGCGACGAGGAUCUCGUUAUAGAAACCAGUACCCGCCCACCGUCCAAUGCUAAUCCCCAGAAAACAGCGGUCCCGACUAUAAGCAGUGACGAGCAGCCUAGUUCGAACGACGAGGAAUUGCAGCCCGAUGAUCUUGGUGACGAACGCGGUGAGGAGCACGUCAUUGAGAUCCGUGAGUGUCCGCUUUGCCAUCAACCUCGCCUCGCCAAACGAUCGGAUGCGGAUAUUAUUACUCAUAUUGCGACGUGCGCGAGCCGUGACUGGCGUCAGGUUGAUAACUUGGUCAUGGGUGGAUUCGUGACUUCUAGCCAGGCACAGCGCAAGUGGUAUUCCAAGGUUAUCACCAAGAUUUCGUAUGGUGGAUAUCGCCUUGGAGCAAACUCGGCCAAUAUUCUGGUCCAAGACCGGAUUACUGGUCAGAUCAAUGAGGAGCGCAUGAGUGUGUAUGUACGUCUUGGAAUUCGGUUGUUGUACAAGGGUCUCAAGAGCAAGGAGAUGGAGAAGAAGAGAAUCCGGCGGGUCCUACGCUCCCUCAGUAUCAAGCAAGGCCGGAAGUAUGACGAUCCGGCCUCUGCCAGCCAGAUCCAAGACUUUAUCAACUUCCACCAAUUGGACAUGUCCGAAGUCCUUCUGCCCAUUGAGAAGUUCCGUAACUUCAACGAAUUUUUCUAUCGCGCUCUCAAGCCCGAAGCACGCCCGUGUUCGGCUCCCGAUGAGCCAAAGAUCGUUGUCUCACCUGCUGAUUGUCGCUCCGUUGUUUUCGACCGCAUGAGCGAAGCUACUAGCAUUUGGGUCAAAGGCCGUGAGUUCUCUGUUGAGAGACUGCUGGGUAAUGCCUAUCCAGAGGAUGCAGCACGGUACAAGAACGGCGCGUUGGGUGUGUUCCGGCUAGCACCCCAGGAUUAUCACCGCUUCCAUAUCCCCGUAGACGGCGUGAUGGGUGAGCCCAAGACCAUCGAGGGCGAGUAUUACACCGUGAACCCGAUGGCCAUUCGUUCGGCGUUGGAUGUCUACGGCGAGAAUGUACGCAUUCUCGUUCCCAUCGACUCUGUUGCCCACGGUCGUGUCAUGGUCAUUUGUGUGGGAGCCAUGAUGGUUGGUAGCACGAUCAUCACCCGCAAAGCAGGCGAAAAAGUUGCUCGAGCUGAAGAGUUGGGAUACUUCAAGUUCGGUGGUAGCACCCUCCUGGUCUUGUUCGAAGAAGGAAUGGUCAACUUUGAUUCUGACCUUGUGGAAAAUUCCAAGGGACCCUUGGAGACACUGAUCCGCGUGGGCAUGUCCGUCGGCCAUAGCCCCGACAUCCCCCAGCAUGAACCGGACAUGCCAAAGAAGGCCGAGAAUAUCACGGUCGAAGAGAUGCAAGAGGCCAAGCGCCGCAUCGAGGGUAGCCUGGCACCUCCAGCCGACCCAGAAACACUGCUGAGCACGAUCAAAUGA